AUGGACGACGUGGGCAGUCCCUCCUGUGGGCCCACCACCCGCAGAGGGGUCCGUGGUGGCGAAGCGUUCAUCUUCGGAGCAGACGGAAACUGUGGAAUGUUGUGUGAACAUUCACCAUGUGAUGGCGUGGUGCUUUUCCAGGUUGCGGAGCGUCUCCUCAAAUACAUGAUUGGAAGCCCAUCCAAACUAGUGCGAGCAGCCAGUGUGAGCGAGCUGCCGGCCCCGCGGAGGCUCCGCUGGAAGUGCACAACAGAGAUCCACAAACUGCUGUCGUCAUCGGCCGAUAAGCUGCACAGAUUGGUGGAAAAUCUGGAUAUGAAGGUGUCCAAGUUUUGUGAGUACGGGAAAGAGUUUAUAAAGAACCAGAAGAUGAGUCCGGACGCCUACAUCCAAGUGGCUCUGCAGUUAGCCUAUUACAGAUGUCACGGCAGAUUGGUGUCCACCUGCGAGAGCGCUUCCACUCGCCACUUCAAAGAGGGACGCUGGGAAAACAUCCGCUCAGCCACACCCCAGGCACUGGACUUCGUGAGAGCAAUGGCUGAUGGGAAGCUGAGUUCAAGUGAGAAGAUGGAGUUGUUACAAGGCGCUAUGGCCGCACAAACAAAGUACACUAUUCUGGCGAUUACAGGGAGGGCCAUAGACAAUCACCUUCUGGGACUACGGGAAAUAGCACGUGAGCUGAAGAUGGAGACGCCAGAGAUAUUCAAGGAUGAAGCUUAUCUCAUCAGUAACCAGUUCAUUCUCUCCACGAGUCAGGUUCCUACCACUGUGGAGCUGCUCUCCGGCUACGGCCCCGUGGUCCCAGGAGGGUAUGGAGCCUACUACAACCCUCAGUCCGACUACAUCAUCUUCAGCAUCUCCAGCUUCGCCGACAGCCCCCACACCUGCUCAGUGGACUUCUGCAGAGCCGUGGAGCAGGCUCUAAGGGACAUGAGGGAGCUCCACGACUCCGUGAAGCUGAUCAAGUUCGCGGACGACACCACCCUCAUUGGACUCAUCUCCAACAACGAUGAGUCCGCCUACAGGAGGGAGGUGGACCGGCUGGUGUCCUGGUGCAGUGGUAACAACCUGGAGCUGAACGCCCAGAAGACAGUGGAGAUGAUUGUGGACUUCAGGAAGAGCACUGUCCCCCCGCCCCCACCCUCCGUGAUGGACUCCCCCAUCACCUCUGUGGAGUCCUUCCGUUUCCUGGGCACCACCAUCACCCAGGACCUCAAGUGGGAGCCGACCAUCAGCUCCCUCAUCAAGAAGGCCCAGCAGAGGAUGUACUUCCUGCGGCAGCUCAGGAAAGCCAAGCUGCCUGCACAGAUGUUGGUGCAGUUCUACACGGCCAUCAUCGAGUCCAUCCUCACCUCCUCCAUCACCGUGUGGUUCGCUGGAGCCACAGUCAGGGACAAACAGAGACUACAGCGCAUUGUGCGCUCUGCAGAGGAAGUGAUCGGCCGCAGCCUUCCAUCGCUGCAGGACCUUUUGAUCCUGGAGCCGCUGCAAACAGACGUGAUGGAGCCAGAAGGCAGCACCGAGACCGCGACUGCCGCCACUAACCUGGCGCACACUGCCGCCUCCAAACUGUCCCAGAUGAGCGAGAGGACCAAGCAGCUGGGCACCGCCAUCCAGGACCCGGAGCGGCAGAAGCGCAUCAUCCUGGUGAUCGUGUGCGUGGCUCUGCUGCUGGACAACAUGCUGUAUAUGGUGAUCGUGCCCAUUAUCCCGGACUAUCUGGUGGAGCUGCAGAAACAAGCGGCGCACGGGGUUGUGCACACAAACUUUACAAACGGGACCGUGCACAAAGAGACCAAGGAGAACUUUGACUUGCAGAUAGGAGUUUUGUUCGCGUCCAAAGCUGUGGUGCAGCUGCUGGUGAACCCUUUGAGCGGCACUUUCAUCGACCGCGUGGGCUACGACAUUCCCCUGUUCAUCGGCCUCAAUAUCAUGUUCUUGUCAACUGUGAUCUUCGCCUUCGCCUCUAACUAUUCCACGCUGUUCCUGGCGCGCAGCAUGCAGGGCCUGGGCUCGGCCUUCGCAGACACUUCUGGCAUCGCGCUGAUCGCGGACAGGUACACGGAGGAGGCGGCGCGCAGCAGGGCACUGGGCAUCGCCCUGGCCUUCAUCUCCUUCGGAAGCUUGGUGGCCCCCCCUUUUGGCGGCUUCCUCUAUGAGUUUGCCGGCCAACACGUGCCCUUCAUGGUGCUGGCGGCCAUGUGCCUGGGGGACGGGAUCAUGUGCCUGGUCGUGCUCAAGCCCUUCUCCAACAAAGAGCGCGAGAACAUGCCCGUGGGGACUCCCAUCUACAAGCUCAUGGUGGACCCGUACAUCGCGGUGGUGGGGGGCGCGCUCAUCGUCUGUAACAUCCCGCUGGCCUUCCUGGAGCCCACCAUCGCGAACUGGAUGGAGGAGACCAUGCACUCGGAGCAGUGGGAGGUCGGCAUGACGUGGUUCCCUGCAUUCUUCCCGCACGUGUUGGGGGUGUUUUUGACGGUCAAACUGGCGGCUAAAUACCCGCACCUGCAGUGGUUCUAUGGGGCCUUGGGCAUGGUGUUUAUAGGCGCGAGUUCGUGCACCAUCCCCGCGUGUAAAACCUUUGGACAGCUCAUGGUACCGCUGUGUGGAAUCUGCUUUGGCAUCGCCUUCGUGGACACGGCCCUGUUGCCAACUCUGGCCUUCCUGGUGGACGUGAGGCACGUGUCCGUGUACGGCAGCGUGUACGCCAUCGCUGACAUCUCGUACUGUGUGGCAUACGCCAUGGGGCCCAUCGUGGCGGGGAAGAUAGUACAUGACUUGGGCUUCAUUCAGUUGAACUUGGGCAUGGGCCUUGCCAACAUGCUUUACGCACCCGCGCUGCUGCUUCUCAAGAACGUGUCCAAGAUGAAGCCGUCCUACUCCGAGAGGAACAUGCUACUGGAGGACGGCCCCACGGGCCUGUAUGACACCAUCAAGAUGGAACAUCGUGAGAAGAAGAAGAAGGGCCUGUGCACCACUAUAGACGAGAACGGUAUCGAGACGUUCGCACAGCGCUCCUUCUCAGAGGAGGAGUCCUCAGGUGGAGAGUAUGCGUAA